UCUUGAGUGGCUCUUGACUCAUCUCUAUUCUCACGAGCACACAAGGAAAAGAUGAUUUUCAUAUUGCGCCGUGCAACAUAAGCAUGUAAUGCAUAAAGCAUGAAAAAUAGGUGCAGCUUUCCGAAAACGAAGUUGGAAAUUGCAAUUCAAGUAUGCAGGAUCCUCAUGUUGAUGUUCUUUUUUUAAAUAUCUCUGCUAAAGUGCUGACAAAUAUGGCAUUUGAGCCAUUGGAUUGGUUUUGUCAGCCAGUGGCAAAUGGGUUAUGGACAAAAGUGGUUCAGAAUGCCUUUGGUGCUUAUACUCCUUGUGCUGUUGAUUCUCUUGUGAUCAUCAUUUCGCAUUUGAUCCUUUUUGGCUUGUGCUUCUAUCGAAUAUGGUUGAUUAACAAGAAUUUCAACGUCAAGAGAUAUUGUUUGAGGUCAAAGCUUUAUAAUUAUGUUUUGGGGUUGUUAGCUGGCUAUUGCACUGCAGAGCCAUUAUUCAGAUUGGUUGUGGGCCUAUCAGUUUUAAAUUUAGAUGGGCAGACUCGUCUUGCUCCAUUUGAGAUGGUUUCACUAAUUGUUGAGGCUCUUGCUUGGUGCUCUAUGCUGGUUCUGAUUCUUGUUGAAACUAGAGUCUAUGUCUAUGAAUUCCGAUGGUUUGUCAGAUUUGGUGUGGUUUAUACUGUAGUGGGGGAUGCUGUCAUGUUCAAUCUUGUAUUUUCAGCAAAGGAAUUCUACACGAGAUCAAUGUUAUAUUUAUACAUAAGCGAGCUUGCCAUACAGGCUUUGUUUGGAAUACUGUUGCUUGUGUAUAUUCCUAAUUUAGAUCCUUAUCCUGGUUAUGCUCCCAUCCGAAGUGAAUUGGUCACUGAUAUUGCAUAUGAAGAACUCCCAGGAGGAGAGCAAAUAUGUCCUGAGAGGCAUAGCAACUUAUUUUCAAAAAUAACUUUUGCUUGGAUGAAUCCUAUAAUGAAGCUAGGAUAUCAAAGACCACUUACUGAUAAAGAUGUAUGGAAAUUGGAUACAUGGGAUCGGACUGAGACUUUGAACAACAAGUUCCAAAGGUGUUGGAAUGAGGAAUCUCGGAAGUCUAGACCAUGGCUAUUAAGAGCAUUAAAUAGUAGCCUAGGAGGAAGGUUUUGGUGUGGAGGCUUUUGGAAGAUUGGCUAUGAUGUUUCCCAAUUUCUAGGGCCUCUUAUAUUGAACAUGCUACUGCAGUCUAUGCAAAGAGGUGACCAGGCGUCAAUUGGCUAUGUGUAUGGCUUCUCAAUAUUUGUUGGAGUGGUUUUUGGAGUUUUAUGUGAAGCUCAAUAUUUUCAGAAUGUCAUGCGCAUUGGUUUUCAGCUUAGAUCAACUUUGGUGGCAGCUGUGUUUCGCAAAUCUUUAAGACUUACUCAUGAAGCCCGAAAGCAAUUUGCAUCUGGAAAAAUAACCAAUUUGAUGACUACUGAUGCUGAGGCACUACAGCAAAUAUGUCAGUCACUUCAUACUCUGUGGUCAGCUCCAUUUCGUAUCAUUGUUGCGCUGGUUCUUCUAUACCAACAACUUGGUGUUGCUUCCAUUCUUGGCGCUUUAAUGCUUGUUCUAAUGUUUCCAGUACAGACUUUUAUUAUUAGUAGAAUGCAAAAGUGGUCCAAGGAAGGGUUGCAGCGUACAGACAAGAGAAUUGGUCUCAUGAAUGAAAUUUUGGCUUCUAUGGACACUGUAAAAUGUUAUGCAUGGGAGAGUAGUUUCCAAUCUAAAGUACAAGUUGUCAGAAAUGAUGAAUUAUCAUGGUUCAAGAAGGCAUUAUUACUUGGCGCGUGUAAUGGAUUUAUACUAAACAGCAUCCCAGUUUUUGUAACUGUUAUUUCAUUUGGAGUGUUCACCUUGCUUGGAGGGGAUUUAACACCUUCGAGAGCAUUUACAUCCCUUUCUUUGUUCGCUGUGUUACGGUUUCCCCUCUUCAUGCUUCCUAAUGUUAUUACUCAGGUUGUUAAUGCAAAUGUAUCCUUGAAGCGUCUGGAAGAGUUGCUCUUAGCAGAAGAACGGAUUCUUAUGCCUAAUCCCCCUCUAGAGCCAGGAUUACCAGCCAUCUCAGUGAAGAAUGGAAAUUUUUCAUGGGAUGCAAAGGCUGGGAGGUCUACAUUGUCUAAUGUCAAUUUGGAUGUACCUGUUGGUUGCGUUGUUGCAAUAGUUGGCAGUACUGGAGAAGGAAAGACAUCGCUCAUAUCUGCUAUGCUUGGGGAGCUUCCACCUACUGCAGAUGCAACUGUUGUUAUAAGAGGGACAGUUGCUUAUGUACCACAAAUUUCAUGGAUCUUUAACGCAACUGUGCGGGAUAACAUUUUAUUUGGUUCUCCUUUUGACCCUGUGAGAUAUGAGAAGGCAAUAGAUGUGACUGAACUGCAGCAUGACCUCGAGUUGCUUCCUGGUGGUGACCUUACUGAAAUUGGUGAAAGAGGGGUGAAUAUCAGUGGUGGUCAAAAACAAAGGGUAUCCAUGGCUAGAGCUGUCUACUCCGAUUCAGACGUGUACAUAUUUGAUGAUCCUUUAAGUGCCCUGGAUGCGCAUGUUGCAAGACAGGUGUUUGAUAAAUGCAUCAAAGGGGAAUUGAGAGGAAAAACUCGAGUUCUUGUUACAAAUCAGCUACAUUUCCUUUCACAGGUCGAUAGAAUUAUACUGGUCCAUGAUGGUAUGGUAAAAGAAGAGGGAACAUUUGAGGAUCUCUCUAACCAUGGACCACUGUUCCAAAAGCUUAUGGAAAAUGCUGGAAAGAUGGAGGAGUAUGCAGAAGAAAACACAGACAGUGAAAGUAUGCAAAAGUCUUCUUCAAAAUCAGUUCCCAACGGAAUGCCUAAUGAUAUGGCAAAAAGUGAAAUUAAAUCAAAAGAAGCCAAAUCUGUUCUUAUUAAACAAGAAGAACGAGAAACAGGUGUUGUCAGUUGGAAAGUUCUACAGAGGUACAAGAAUGCAUUGGGAGGAUUUUGGGUGGUGCUAGUACUCUUUGCAUGCUAUAUCUUAACUGAAGUGUUGCGAGUUUCCAGUAGCACAUGGUUAAGCCAUUGGACUGAUCAGAGUGCAUCAGAGGGUUAUAGUCCUGGUUACUACAAUCUGAUAUAUGCAAGCCUGUCAUUUUGUCAGAUUUUGGUGACUUUAACAAAUUCUUAUUGGCUAAUCAUAUCAAGUCUUUAUGCUGCUAGAAGGUUGCACAAUGCCAUGCUCCACUCUAUUUUACGGGCUCCUAUGGCUUUUUUUCAUACCAAUCCUCUUGGGAGGAUCAUCAAUAGGUUUGCAAAGGAUCUAGGUGAUAUAGACCGGAAUGUUGCUCCUUUUGUGAAUAUGUUUUUGGGCCAGGUUUCCCAGCUUCUUUCAACAUUCAUCUUGAUAGGGAUUGUUAGCACAAUGUCCUUGUGGGCAAUAAUGCCAUUAUUGGUGUUGUUUUAUGGAGCCUAUCUAUAUUAUCAGAGCACAGCCCGUGAAGUGAAGCGCUUAGAUUCUAUCAGCAGAUCACCUGUAUAUGCUCAAUUUGGAGAAGCACUUAAUGGUCUAUCAACUAUCCGUGCUUACAAAGCUUAUGAUCGAAUGGCUGACAUUAAUGGAAAAGCCAUGGACAAUAAUAUACGAUUCACUCUUGUGAACAUGAGUGGUAACCGAUGGCUUGCAAUUCGUCUGGAAACUUUGGGUGGCCUUAUGAUAUGGUUUACUGCAUCUUUUGCUGUAUUGCAAAAUGGGAGGGCUGAGAACCAGCAGGCAUUUGCUUCCACAAUGGGGCUACUGCUUAGUUAUGCUUUAAAUAUUACUAGUUUGCUCACUGCGGUGCUCAGACUUGCAAGUCUGGCUGAGAAUAGUUUAAAUGCAGUUGAGCGUGUGGGUUCUUAUAUUGAUUUGCCUUCAGAGGCUCCAUCUAUCAUUGAGAGUAAUCGUCCUCCUCCUGGUUGGCCAUCAUCUGGAUCAAUUAGAUUCGAAGAUGUUGUUCUUCGAUAUAGGCCAGAACUUCCACCUGUCUUACAUGGAUUGUCUUUCACAAUUUUUCCAAGUGACAAGGUUGGCAUUGUCGGGAGGACAGGAGCAGGAAAAACUAGCAUGUUUAAUGCUUUAUUUCGACUCGUAGAGUUAGAAAGAGGAAAAAUCUUAAUUGAUGACUGUGAAAUUGCUAAGUUUGGACUGACUGAUUUACGUAAAGUUCUUGGAAUUAUCCCACAGUCACCUGUUCUCUUUUCAGGAAGUGUGAGAUUUAAUCUUGAUCCUUUUAAUGAGCAUAAUGAUGCUGACCUUUGGGAGGCUCUGGAGAGAGCACAUUUGAAGGAUGUGAUUCGGAGGAAUUCAUUGGGGCUUGAAGCUGAGGUAUCUGAGGGAGGAGAAAAUUUCAGCGUUGGACAGAGGCAACUAUUGAGUCUUGCUCGUGCAUUAUUGCGGAGAUCAAAGAUAUUGGUACUUGAUGAGGCAACUGCAGCGGUUGAUGUCAGAACUGAUGCACUGAUACAGAAAACAAUUCGAGAAGAGUUUAAAUCCUGUACCAUGCUCAUUAUAGCUCAUCGACUUAAUACCAUUAUUGACUGCGAUCGGAUCCUUCUACUUGAUGGUGGGCAGCUCCGUGAAUAUGGGACCCCUGAGGAGCUACUGUCAGACAACGAUAGUGCUUUCUCAAAGAUGGUACUAAGUACUGGAGCUGCCAAUGCUCAAUAUUUACGCAGCUUAGUGCUCAAUGGGGAUGGUGGAAACAAGCCAGUGCAAGAGGGGAAGCACCUCGAUGGACAGCGAAGAUGGCUAGCUUCCUCUCGCUGGGCAGCUGCAGCGCAAUUUGCCCUUGCUGUCAGCCUGACCUCAUCCCAGAAUGACCUUCGCCAAUUGGAAAUUGAAGAUGACAACAGUAUUCUCAAGACAGCCAAGGAUGCCGUUAUAACGUUGCAGGGAAUUUUGGAUGGAAAGCAUGAUAAAGAAAUUGAGGAAUCUUUAGAUCAACACCAGAUAUCACCUAACAGAUGGUGGUCAUCCCUUUUCAAGAUGAUUGAGGGUCUGGCUAUGUUGAGCAGAUUAGCCCGGAAUAGGCUGCACCAAUCUGACUACAAUUUUGAAGACACGUCAAUAAAUUUUGACCAUGUUGAUAUGUAGGGAAAUCUGCUCUCUGCAUUAGUUAACAUUAGUCUCAGCCUUCUUCCUGCUUAUGAAUUGUUCAAUAAGGGUGUUUUAAGGCCCAUUUUAAUCUGCUGGCUACACAACCCAGAUAUGUAUAAAGGAAUAUAUUUUUAUGUGGUCAUAUUUUGUACUCGAAUUUGUAGGAAGGUUUAACCGUGAAUUGCUGGGCUACAAACUUUUGAAAUAGUUCAUUAGCAUAAUCUAGAAGUGGAACAGUCUUAUCAAUAGAGCUUCUGAAUGUAUUUUUAGUGAAUCUAA